AUGUCGAAGUUGGCAAAGCUCUACAAACAUAAUGAGACAUGGGCCGAUCUACCCGAAGAUCUCUUGGAAAAAAUACUAAACUUGACGUGUCUCGAGGGUCGAUUCCGGUCCACCGCAGUUUGCAAAGGCUGGCAUUCGGGGAUCAGAAGAUUCGGCAGCCGGCUGACAUCAUCAUACUCAGGCGGCACCGGUGAGCCUUGGAUAUUCUCUUAUAGCUGGGAAAAGAAUUGGGAUGAGAUUCAUAAGAAACAGAAAUUGAAGUUGGUUACUAAACUUGUCGAUCCUUCCAUUGGAAAUUCAUACAGCAUGGAAAACCCUAAUUGGGAAUAUUCCGAGACGAAUUUCGCCUUUGGUGCCAAACCUAUUGCAUUGAAGAAUGGAUGGAUUUUGUUUGCUAAGAAAUUCCAACUGAAGACAUUUUUUUUCUUGUACCACAUCUUUUCUCAAAGUUGUAUUUGGUUACCAACUUUGGGAAGCUAUUUUGAACUUGCUACCUUCUCCAAAAGUCCUGUUUCAACCAAUGAUUGUUUGGUUUUUGCAUCGUACAAAUCUGGAUCCCAAAUCUGUAUUGGCACGUGCAAAAUUGGAGAUGCGAGUUGGAAUACCAUGAUAGUUUGCAAUGCAGCACAACAUUAUCGUGACUAUAAGAUGUUGAGUGUGGUUUAUUAUGGUGAAGACGACAAGAAAGGGUUUUAUUGUGUUUUCAGAGAUGGAAUUUUUGCAAAAUUUGGAGUAUCUGAUCGUUCAUGGAGUUUAAUUUCCGUAUCCCGAAAUGGUUUAGAACAUCCAAUGUUUCAUCAAUUGGUCCAAUACGAAAGGGAAUUGAUGCUUGUAGUUAAGAAUCACUUGAAAAGGUUUCACAUUUUCAGGUUUGAUUGGUCCGUCAAGAAAUGGAUUCCAGUGAGUGGAAUCAACAACAAAAAUGGUGCAACGAUUGAGGAAUUCAAUGGCUUGUUCUCUAAAAAUCAAGGUAAUGGUGCACUUUUGUCAAUGAAUCUUAACAAUAAUCCAUACGAGUUUUUAACUGAUCCUCCUACUUUUGUGUAA